GCAUUUUUAGCGUUUAUUUAUGGGAUGAUCUUUGAUUUAUUGUCGUUUUCCCACCAGAGGUCAGGUGUCCACGCACAGGAGGAGGUCGUGCUGCAUUGGGGGAUGAAUUUGCGGGUCUCCAGAGUGCCGUCAGCGCUGCUGCAGGCGGGCUGAGGUUCCCCUCACUCAGUCAGUUGGCGGCUUGGAUGCGGCUGAAAAGCGCCUCGAGGGGCGAGGAGAGAAUGGAUUUAUCCACGCGCAAUCUUACUCAUAUCCAUUCUCAUUUAAAAGAGGGGGGUUUAUUUUAUACCAACACAAGUAUUUGUUUCAAACGGGAUGAAAUGAACAUUAAAGACUGAAGCAUCCACAGAGGGAGGCUCGUGGGACAUUUGCGUUUUUACGCGUCCACUUAAGGAAAUCCUACUCCGCUUUUUUUCUUUUUUUUUCCUAAGGCAGACAUGAAACAGGAGGCAGUGUCAGAGCAGGAGAGGAGAAAGUGAAGAAGGGAAAGCAUUUUCACCGAGACUCCAAAAAGAGGGAGAGAGGAAAGAAAAGACGAGUGUGUGGGAGAGAAAGAGAGGAAGCGGCGGGGCGCGCAUGUCCAGUCUCUCCGCGCAGCCUGCUCUCUCUGAGCUCUCCCAGCGACUUUCCCCACUCUUCCUCUCCCCCCGUUUUUUCCAUGUCUACCGGACAAACGGCUGCCUCCCGAACAGACGCUGCAGGGGAAGGGACGGACAGACGCGCCAUGGAAUAGGAAUACUACUUGGAAAGUAAAGCGGGGGGGAAAGAAAACCCUCUUACAUCUUCUUUCUUUUCUUUAUUUUUUACCUUAUUCUGCCUCUUUUGCAUCUUCCCCUCCUUCUCGAUGUCUCCUACCUGUUUCUGAGAGGACUGAAUGACAGAAAAAAUGAGGAUUAUUCUUUUUUCUUGGCACUUUCUUGGGUUGUAUUCCGCCCUUUGGGGACUGGCGACAGGGGCUUUCCCCAGCUCAGUACAGAUAGGUGGACUGUUCAUUAGGAAUACAGAUCAGGAGUACACGGCAUUCCGGCUAGCUAUCUUCCUUCACAACACCAGCCCUAAUGCUACGGAAGCGCCCUUUAACCUGGUGCCGCACGUUGACAACAUAGAGACCGCCAACAGCUUUGCAGUUACAAAUGCGUUUUGUUCUCAGUAUUCAAGGGGGGUCUUUGCCAUCUUCGGCCUUUACGACAAGCGCUCAGUGAACACGCUGACAUCGUUUUGUGGAGCCCUGCACAUCAGCCUGGUGACUCCCAGCUUCCCCACAGAGGGGGAAGGCCAGUUCACGCUGCAGCUGCGGCCGUCCAUCAGAGGAGCUCUGCUGUCACUGCUGGACCACUACGACUGGAACCGAUUCGUCUUCCUCUAUGACACAGACAGAGGCUAUGCAAUACUGCAGGCAAUUAUGGAGAGAGCGGGGCAGAAUGCGUGGCAGGUGAGCGCGAUCUGUGUGGAGAGCUUCAACGAUGCAGCAUAUCGCAGGCUCCUGGAGGACCUGGAUCGACGGCAGGAGAGAAAAUACGUCAUUGACUUGGAGCCUGAGAGACUCCAGAGCAUCUUGGAGCAGGCUGUCAGUGUGGGAAAACAUGUGAAAGGAUACCAUUACAUUAUAGCAAACCUGGGUUUUAAGGAUAUCUCUCUGGAAAGGUUCAUGCAUGGUGGGGCCAAUGUGACUGGAUUCCAGCUGGUUGACUUCAGCAAACCAAUCGUGAUCAAGCUAAUGCAGCGCUGGAACAAACUGGAUCAGAGGGAAUAUCCUGGAUCUGAAAGCCCGCCAAAGUACACUUCAUCUCUAACUUAUGACGGAGUUUUGGUGAUGGCUGAAGCCUUCCGCACCCUUCGCCGACAGAAAAUAGACAUCAGUCGCCGUGGCAACGCUGGUGACUGCCUAGCCAAUCCUGCUGCUCCCUGGAACCAAGGCAUCGACAUGGAGCGUGCACUCAAGCAGGUGCGGAUUCAGGGCCUGACAGGAAAUAUUCAGUUUGACCACUAUGGGAGAAGAGUCAAUUACACCAUGGACGUGUUUGAACUGAGAAGCAAUGGACCACGGAAGAUCGGCUACUGGAACGACAUUGACAAACUUGUGUUGGUUCAGAACGAGAAUGCUUUGUCAAAUGACAGCUCAGCGAUGGAAAACCGGACCGUUGUCGUGACAACAAUCAUGGAGGGUCCAUAUGUGAUGCUGAAGAAAAACUGGGAGCUUUACGAAGGCAACGAUCAGUAUGAGGGAUACUGUGUGGACUUGGCUUCAGAGAUUGCCAAACACAUCGGAAUUAAAUACAAGAUCUCCAUUGUGCCAGAUGGGAAAUACGGAGCCAGAGAUCCAGAGACAAAGAUAUGGAACGGCAUGGUCGGAGAGCUCGUCUACGGGAAAGCAGAAAUUGCUGUGGCUCCGUUGACUAUCACUCUGGUAAGGGAGGAAGUGAUCGACUUCUCUAAGCCCUUCAUGUCUCUUGGAAUCUCCAUCAUGAUCAAGAAGCCGCAGAAGUCUAAACCAGGUGUCUUCUCCUUCCUGGACCCGCUAGCUUAUGAGAUUUGGAUGUGCAUAGUGUUUGCUUACAUUGGAGUCAGUGUCGUCCUGUUUUUGGUGAGUCGCUUCAGUCCUUACGAGUGGCACGCCGAGGAACCAGAGGAGGGUGCCACAGAGCCGGGCCCCACCGAUCAGCCUCCCAAUGAGUUUGGCAUCUUCAACUCCCUGUGGUUCUCUCUGGGAGCCUUCAUGCAGCAGGGCUGUGACAUCUCCCCACGGUCCCUGUCUGGACGUAUUGUUGGAGGUGUGUGGUGGUUCUUCACUCUUAUCAUCAUCUCCUCUUACACAGCCAACCUGGCUGCUUUCCUCACUGUGGAGAGGAUGGUCUCACCUAUAGAGAGUGCAGAGGACUUGGCCAAACAGACGGAGAUAGCCUAUGGGACGCUGGACUCAGGCUCUACCAAGGAGUUCUUCAGGAGGUCAAAGAUAGCCGUUUAUGAGAAGAUGUGGUCGUACAUGAAGUCUGCCGAGCCGACCGUGUUUACCAAAACCACAGCGGAGGGAGUGGCAAGAGUCCGCAAGUCCAAGGGGAAGUACGCCUUCCUGCUGGAGUCCACCAUGAACGAAUACACGGAGCAGCGCAAGCCGUGCGACACCAUGAAAGUCGGAGGGAACCUUGACUCCAAAGGAUAUGGCAUUGCCACGCCAAAAGGCUCACAGUUAAGAACCCCGGUAAACCUUGCAGUUUUGAAACUGAGUGAAGCAGGCGUCUUAGACAAACUGAAAAACAAAUGGUGGUAUGACAAGGGAGAGUGUGGACCCAAGGACUCUGGAAGUAAGGACAAGUCAUCCCAGGCUCUGAGCCUGUCCAACGUGGCCGGGGUCUUCUACAUCCUUGUUGGAGGCCUGGGCCUGGCAAUGCUGGUGGCCCUGGUUGAGUUCUGCUACAAGUCACGGGCCGAAGCCAAGCGCAUGAAGCUGUCUUUUUCUGAAGCCAUGCGGAACAAGGCCCGUCUGUCCAUCACAGGAAGUGUGGGGGAGAAUGGCCGCGUCCUGACGCCGGAUUGCCCCAAAGCCGUGCAUGCUGGCCACGCCUCCUUUCGACAUCCUGGCCUUGCUGUGGUCUCCACCGGACUGCCCUGAAAACCAAAAACACCAGACGUGCCUUAACGACAUGAAACAUGGAGACUUCACAUCGACAUGCAGCCGCUCCAUCAUCGCAUAAUGACAGAAACAUUAUAAGAAAAAAAGAAUCCUAUAGUUCAAAUAUAGUUACAUUUUUACACUUUUGAAUACACAAGCUUCCCAUCGUCAUUUCACCCUCCUGGGACUUAUUUUACAGCAGACGAGUGAACUUAAGCUGUGGAGGGACGUGCGUACGAGAAGGACCGCUCCAUCGCACCUGCCUGCAACUUUACUUUUUCUUACUUUGGGAGGGAAAUUUCACACAAAUGAGAACGCCAGCAUUGAAACACAUGGAUUUGUGCAGGCUCCUGACCCCUCCACUCUACUGUACAACCAUAAAAAGGAAGGAGCAAGCGAAGAAAACGGAUGGAUGGAAGCAAAACGGACUCAUGAUGACGAUAAAGAGAAGGUCACAGCUAACGAUGAAAAACAAACAAAAAAAAAAAACAACCAAACAAUUCUGCUCCUGCUCUGUUCAUAUUAAAGCGCAAUGAAGCCGUAUCCCCUGACGACGCCUUACUAAAACUAAAAAUAUUGUUUUCAUCAUCAUCAUCUUCGUCAUUAUCAUCAUUAUCACCUUAACCAGCCUGCAACAAUUGAGUGCCAGGUACUAUAACUCUUAGGAGACCAGAAAACUGUAAGCUUGAACUUUCAGACUGUGCAAACCUGUUUCUUUACCAUGAACCCUUCAAAGUGAAUGAAAAGGCUUUCUUACCACUCAUAUAAAUGGAUUCUUGCUGAUGAGUCAGCAAGAUAAUCAACCAUUAUAGGCGUAUAGUGUUAAAAUUGACACAAAAACAAGCAGGGCUUUUUAAAGAGAAACUGUUGCAAUGAAGCCCUCCAUCAGCAGCAGCAGCAUCAUCAUGACCGUAGAGAUCCUAGAACACAAAGUGGUCGUUACCCAUCAAGGAGUGGCUAAAGCAAAGUUUAAACUGUAUAUUUAGUGCUAAGAAUUUAAAAAAGAAAAAAAAAGGCCAGCAAACAGUUUCUCAGCCACACAUUUUGAAAAUAAUUCACUAAACAGUUUUUCUAACAAGACAGAUCAAAGUUUUCUUUGCAGGUUGUUCAAAACUCGGUAACUCUGUUUCUACUGGCUUUGAUGGGGCUGAGAACCACAGAUCUAUGCCCCCCCUUCCUUUCAUUUGAAUUGUAAAGACUUCCUGGUUCGUUUUCCAGUUCACUCGAGGUCCUCCUACAGUGGCUGGGGAGAAGCACCAUAUCAAAAUAAAAAAAAAAGAAAAGCUUGCUUUUUAGAACCGUUGUAAAUACCUGAGUAGCAAAACAGAGGCCACAUGUCUUUUUAAUCAUCCUAGGUAAGAAUUUCAUUGCAAUAAUGAAUAGAAAAGAAAACAAAAACGCUUGUAAUUAAGUACUUUUUUUAUAAUUCUACAUAUUAUAUAUAAUGCAAAUAAAUAUAUAUAUCUAUACGUCUAUAGAGAGCUAUAGAAAACAUUGAUCACUGAUUGUUAAAGGCCAUGGCAUACAUUCUGUUAUAUGGCUGUUUUUUUGAUAACUUGAGAGUAUUGAUAUGCCCCGUCUUUGUGUGUCCCACUCCACACUGAAUGUCCUCAUGGCACUCAUAAGGGGAACACACAAAUUGCACACACAUCCAUUGUUGCAAACACAGGGUCAGCUUGGAGUGAUCACUCAAGCGCCAUUACUUAUUCACUAGUUUUUAUUGUCUAAAGUGUUUUUAUCACCAAAUCCUUUUUUUCUGAAUGUCUGUAUGUGUGCCUGUGUUUAAUGUGAGUGUGUGUGUGUGUGUGCACGUGCGUGGGCUUAGAGCCCUCCAACAGAACAUGUAAAUGCUCAUGAGUUCGGCCCACUGAAAGGAAAUCCAUUUAAAUGCAGUGGAAGGGCUGAGGUGACUGUGGGAACAAUGGAGCCUGACAUUUCGCAAGUCUAACAUUUGUGAUGUUUUUUUUUUAUUUUUUUAUGUUGCCUAAGAGUAUUUUUGUUGGUUUCUCACAACAUAAAAGUCAGCUACAGACGGAAACACGAUUCUGAAUUCAACAGGGUUCCAAUCGAUUUGUUUUUUAUUCAAAUUUGUCACUGAUUAGCAUCAUAAUUAUUUCAAUUACUGAUGGCCCUGGAAAAAAAAAGUACAUAUCAUUUGAAAAAGUAGUCCUAAUGGACUUACAAUACUACCAUAAUGCUUUGUGGUGGUAAUAACUUCAAUAUAAUGAGUUUUUUUUGUGUUUUUGCCCUUCUUAUGCUUCUCCCACUGACAUUGUUUUUAACUCUCCACAUCUCUUGUUCCCAGUUUUGUCCAUCAUCCUUAACUUUUACUAAACCAUCAGCUGCAGAAGUCUCUUUAUGCCUCAAAUUAAAAAAAAAAAAUACAUCAAAAUGAGCAAAUGGGGAUAAAUUACCAACUUGAAACACCAGGAGACAAUCUGUGGUAUUUGUAGCUGUCUUUUUCUUUAAGUUGCAUUCCUUAUGCACUGUAACUUUUUCAAAUUCACACAAAAUUGCAAAUCCUUCUCAACAUUAAAACAACUUUUUCUGUUGUGUGGAAUGUGAAACAGGUUGGAUCAAAGAUCAAGGUUCUGUGAUGGAAAAAAAAGGUCUGAAGUUGUAUUUUGCUUUAUUCACGCUGUGAAAUGAUUGGUUAAACCUCAUCAUGUGUCCCAACUGUGUACUGUGCAUGAGAACUGGACUGAGUGACCCCUCCCCCCGGCGUUCCAGAUAAGAAGUACCCACUGGUUCCAAGAAACUAAAUUCCCGUAGACUUCUAUAGAGAAAUAAACAGCCAUUACUCAGUUAUUCUAUUUGUCAGAAAAUUCAUUCUUGCUCUGAUAUUUUUUUAAACACCUUUCUGAUCAUCCUCAUUUACAUAUUUUAAAGUUACUCAAGUCAUAAAUUGAUCAAUCAAAUGUCUCAAUAAAAGUAGGUGGAGCCUGCUGUCUUCUAGGUCCAUCUUUAAGAUGAGGGGUGUGGACUUCCAACAAGCUCACUCCCUAAUGGUGAGAAAGGUUGCCAUAGAAACCCAACUCAGAGCAAUCAGUGCUUACUGACUCCAACAUGUCGGUAUCUCUAUCACAACAAAAAAAAGGCAACCAACUUGACUUCAAUCAGCCAUUUUCUAUAGGUGACAUCACACUCAAUCAGUCCAGUUUUCAUAGACAGUCAAUGGUCACAACAACUGUACAUGUUCCUCAAAAAUUUGACAGAAUAGUAAACAAAAAAUCCUACUUUUUUUUUGUCCUCUGUUCCAAACGGCUGACAUUUUCUUUUCAUGACCUCAACAGCAGUUUCUGAAGCUCUCCCUCUUAGCCCUAAGAUCAGUGCAGAUACACCUGAAGAAGGUCUCUAAAGUAUAUUUCCAUUAAUGCAUCAAAUCUGAGCAAUUCAAAUGGUUCUUACGUGGUUCUUUGAGACAGAUUUUUGUAAUCACCCCAAGUUGAUUUCACAGACACAGCAAAUGUCCGUCGGCGCUGGCUUUAACACUUUGUCUUUCAUUGUCUUUUUUGCCAUCAUGUUUCUUUUUUAGUAAAACAUUAAUUCUGAA